UUCUCUCUCUCUCUCUCUCUCUCUCUCUCUCUCAAUCUCAACAUGGGUCAUCCUGUUUCAAAUUCAAUAUCUUGCUCUCUCAUUGCUAUAGCAGUGGUGGCAUUAUUUUUCACCAAAUUUGCACAUUUCUCACUCAUCCUCCCUCUAAUUCUUAUUGCACACUCGUUUAAGCAACAGAAGAGUCACCAAAGGAACCUCCCUCCAGGCCCUAUUUCAAUCCCAAUAUUUGGGAAUUGGCUCCAAGUUGGGAAUGACCUUAACCACCGUCUUCUAGCCUCCAUGUCAAAGUCUUAUGGUCCCAUAUUCCUACUAAAGCUUGGUUCAAAAAAUUUAGCAGUGGUUUCAGAUCCUGAGCUAGCCACCCAAGUUCUACACACACAAGGUGUAGAAUUCGGGUCUCGACCACGUAAUGUUGUGUUCGAUAUUUUCACAGGCAAUGGUCAAGAUAUGGUGUUCACAAUCUAUGGUGAUCAUUGGAGAAAGAUGCGUAGAAUUAUGACCCUACCAUUCUUCACUAACAAAGUUGUGCAACAUUAUAGCAAUAUGUGGGAGCAAGAAAUGGAGCUUGUGGUGACUGACUUGUUUAAACAUGCUGAGAAGAUGAGAAGUGAAGGGAUUGUCAUCAGGAAACGUUUGCAGCUGAUGCUAUAUAAUAUUAUGUAUGGAAUGAUGUUUGAUGCAAGAUUUCAGUCUCAAGAUGACCCUUUGUUCAUUGAAGCUACUAGGUUUAAUUCUGAGAGAAGUCGGUUGGCUCAAAGCUUUGAGUACAAUUAUGGAGAUUUUAUUCCUUUGCUUAGACCUUUUUUAAGAGGCUACUUGAACAAGUGCAAGGAUUUGCAGCAAAGGAGAUUAGCUUUCUUCAACAACUAUUUUGUGGAAAAAAGGAGGAAAAUAAUGGCUGCAAAUGGAGAGAAACACCAAAUAAACUGUGCAAUAGAUCACAUACUUUAUGCUCAAAUGAAAGGAGAGAUUAGCGAAGAAAAUGUGUUAUAUAUUGUAGAGAACAUUAAUGUGGCAGCAAUAGAGACCACACUAUGGUCAAUGGAGUGGGCUAUAGCUGAGUUGGCGAACAAUCCAACCGUCCAAAGGAAGAUCAGAGACGAAAUCUCAGCCGUCCUAAAGGGAAAUCCAGUCACAGAAUCAAACCUACAUGAAUUACCUUACUUGCAGGCCACAGUAAAAGAGACAUUAAGGUUGCAUACCCCAAUUCCCUUGCUAGUACCACAUAUGAACCUUGAAGAAGCAAAAUUAGGGGGUUUUACAAUUCCUAGAGAAUCCAAGGUGGUGGUCAAUGCAUGGUGGUUAGCUAAUAACCCUCAAUGGUGGAAGAAUCCGGAGGAGUUCAGGCCAGAGCGAUUUUUUGAAGAAGAAUGUGGCACGGAAGCUGUCGCCGGAGGAAAGGUCGAUUUUCGGUACUUGCCAUUUGGUAUGGGUAGACGCAGCUGCCCGGGGAUCAUACUAGCAUUACCAAUUCUAGGGCUUGUGAUAGCGAAAUUGGUAUCAAACUUUGAGAUGAAAGCUCCAUCCGGGACAAGGAAGAUUGAUGUGAGUGAAAAGGGAGGACAAUUCAGCUUGCACAUUGCUAAUCAUUCCACAGUUGUUUUUGAACCAAUCCAUGCAUGAUGUGAUCGUGAUUUUAAAAUUUUCAAACCAAAUAAUAUGUCCUAUAAGAAGGUGCUUAAUUUGAUUGUGAA